CCAUUAAUAAUUGAUAGUACUGAAAUAGUUAUAGAAUUGUGUUCUUGAUUAGGUGAUUAUUUUAGGAACUCUAUUUUGGAGGUUAUGACAUGAUAUUGAAUACGUACAGUUAGUUCUUUCAUGCUUAUUCAUUCUAGAAAGUUAGAACUCAAAUUCAAUUUAUUUAAAAGAAGUUGACUACUUACAUACCAAACAAGCCAAUAUCAUUUUGCAGGGGCUUGAAGAUGAUGAUGAUGAUGAUAAAAAUGUGUACUGGCUUGGUAAAAUUGUCUUCUUUCUUCUAAAGAAUGAGGGGUAUUUUGGUAAAAUUGUCUUCUUUCUUCUAAAGAAUGAGGGGUAUUUUGGUAAUAAUACAUGUUCAUUGUUUAUAGGUCAGAAAAGACCCAACAAUUUCAUUCCUUCAUAUAUUUGAUUGAUUGAAUUGAAUUUGAAUUGAAUUGAAUGGAGGAGCAAUUCAUUCUUAGGGUUCCACCAUCUGUUGCAGAGCGUAUUGAACGUCUUCUCAAUGAAGAUCCUUCCUCCUCUUCUUCUGACCCCAACUCCUCACCAUCACUGGAUUUGUCUUUUACCGAUGAUGGUAGGACUGGCACAUUUGUGAUUGGAAAUGAGAAUUUCCCUGCAUCUCUAUUGGAUCUCCCUUGUGUUGUGGAGUCCUACAAAACUUAUGAUGAUAGUGUCCUAAUCAAGACAGCAGAUGUUGGUCAGAUGAUUAUGGUUAGAGAACCAGAUGAUCCUGCUCCAGAUGCAGUGGAGUACAGGCAUGGUCUCACACCUCCUAUGAGAGAUGCAAGAAAGAGAAGAUUCCGAAGGGAGCCGGAUCUAAAUCCUGAGCUUGUGCGUCGGGUAGAGGAUGAUUUGCUCAAUAUCUCGGCCGGUGGACAUACUGAAACUGUUGAUGUUGAAGUGGCUAGACCAGAGAAAAACGGAGAGAGAUAUGCUCGUGAUGCUAAUAAGAAAUCAUCUGCUCCUUCACCGGUAGCACAACCUGACGAUGUUCCAGAUGCUGGUACAAAUGCCGGAGAGCCUGACAGAAGCGACUCUGAUGAUUCCGACGAUUCGGGUUGAUACAAAGAAGCCUCGUUUGUUGAAGCAAACUUUAUGAAGAUAUCAUCAUUCAUUCCUUGGUGUAAAUUACAAAAAUUAAGAAGAAGAAGAAGAAGAAAAGAAUUGCUAAUUUCAAAUGCCUUGAGAUUCAUCUCUUGUUCUUUUUGCUGAGUUAGUAAAGUUAGAAGUGAUUGGUGGUUUUAGAAUCCAUUGGCAGAAUAGCUUUUUCUCCAUAGUAGCCUUCUUCUUGAAUCAUUGUCAAGUAGACUUAUUACAGCAAAUGUUGCAGCAUCUUUCUAUAAACCAUUCUAACCUGUUUUCAACAACACAGAAAAAUAUUCAUAUUUAAUUUAGUUGUUAAA